AUGACUGGACGCGGCAAGGGCGGCAAGGGUCUCGGCAAGGGCGGUGCCAAGCGCCACCGCAAGAUUUUGCGUGACAACAUUCAGGGUAUCACCAAGCCUGCGAUCCGUCGUCUUGCUCGUCGUGGUGGUGUCAAGCGUAUUUCUGCCAUGAUUUACGAGGAGACACGUGGUGUCCUCAAGUCAUUCCUCGAGGGCGUUAUUCGCGAUGCCGUCACCUACACUGAGCACGCAAAGCGCAAGACCGUCACUUCUCUUGACGUUGUCUACGCGCUGAAGCGCCAAGGUCGCACCCUGUACGGUUUCGGUGGUUAA